UGGUUUUUUCCUUCUUUAUUUCUUAGCGGGCAGGACCUACCAAGGUUCAAAGUGCUUGAGAUGAACACAAAUGGAACACUUUAUCUCCACAAAACUUCAUUUCUGUGCACGAGAGAGAUUGCCAAACGUCUUACUGAAGGGAAAUAUCAACUUGCUGAGCCGAACAAUUUAGGUAACAAAUUACAAACCUUGUUUUGAUUUGAGUUUCAAAUUUAGGAGCUGAGUAAUGAGGUAAUUAUAUAUCAUGUUGAGUUAUCGAUUAAAUAAAAAAAUAAUAUAAUUAAUGAAAUACAGUUUUUCCCUUUUAGUUCACUAAUUCGUAUGAGUCAAUCAAUUCGAAGCUUCAACAUCACCCCCCUCCCCGGGCAACUCCUGGGAAUUUGAACGUUUGAAGAUUGGUUUGUACAAAUUAUCUCCCCACGGGACAAAUAUUGAGUUCAACUGCCCUACUUAAGUGCCGGAUGUGAUGGUCAGUUUUUUCAGUUGUUAAGGACAAAAUCAGCGACCGUAUGCAUGCUUUAAAACUUAAACCUUGUGGAACCUUAUUUCCGAGCCAAUUGCUCACGAAGGUGAAGCUCUCUAUCACUAACCAACACCAUAUUUAAAGAUAAAACACUUGUAUGAGGGUCUCAAAGAGGUGAUGGCUUUUACAGCUGACGAUCAAAAUGUUCGCCAAUUUACGGCUAACGGUGAACGUCUUUCCAUUGUUUUCACCCGGAAUUUUUUUUUUUAAGAUUAACAUUUUAACAACUAUCGGUCAAAAUUUUUCAAUUUUUACGCUUAACAGUUAAAUAUUUUGUCCGUUUAACGGUCAACGAUUAACCUCAUUUAGACCUUCUUUAUUCCACUGCAAAGACUUGACACUUCCGGUUUUAAUUCCCCACCCCCACUAUGGAAGGUUUAAGUUCCCCAUCCCCCGGGCACGGAUGAUAGUCUAAUGCCCGUAGGUUGCUUUGGGGGAUGUUUUAAGCUUUGGAUUGAGCGAUGCAAACGUCGAAAAGGCAGAAGAUGUGUUUAGUGUAUUUUCGUUUUGCAAAUUGUCUCUAAAAGAUUGUCCAAAGAUUUCGCGGCGUUAACUUGUAAAAAUCUGAAAGAGAAAGUUCCCUCAGCCGAUUCAGGCGUUUAUUGGAUAGACCCCGACGGUGGUUCUCAUUGUAACGCGUUCCAGGCUUACUGCGACCAGCAGACUGAAGGGGGAGGCUGGACACUAGUUUGGAGUUACACUUUUACAGAUUAUUCGAAUUUCCAGAAGGCAUCUAACGCUGUCACUCCGCGUCCAUCCUGGACAACAAGCAACGCUAACGUUCGAGUAUCCACAACAGUUCCACUCAGCGAGACCCAUUAUGAGGCCAUGGACUUUUCCUUGUGGCGCAGCAUUGGUAAGGAAUUCCUGAUCAAGAGCAACAUCAACAACUGGAUCGCAUGCAAGGAAGGUUCUGGUAGCUUGGUGCAACAGAGGGACGGGACUGUAAGUUGCAAGCUGGUCAAACAACUCUCUGGACAGUGUUCUGGUGUAGUGCCGAACAGGGUUAAGUCAAGUAGUGCUGAAAAAACUCUUUUAAGCCGUCAUCAUUAUUACUAUUUUGAAGGUGACAGGAGUGGGGGUUGGCCAACACAUGACCCAUGUGGAAAUAAUCAAGCAAAUCAAUUGAAAGGUGUGGCAAACCCACAUGGAAAUAUUUUCAUUCGUUAA